AAAAGAUGUAAGAAUCGAGCAAGCGUAAACCGGGCUAAACAAUCUCGCAGACUCGCACUUCGCAUUCGCAGGACUUGUGUGAUCCUGAAUCCUGAUUUUACAUCAAAACCUCCAAAAGAUGACGCUUCGCUUGAGCAUUGACGUAUGUGUGGCAGUAAUUCUCCCUGCGGAGUCGUGAGAGCGGAAAUUUGUAUAAAUGAUUUCACGAUUCGGCCGGAUUUGACGUGUUUAGCUCUGCAAUAGCCAAAAUAGGAAACGCAUCAUUUGAAGUUCUUGCUACGAUGGCAGUGUACUUGGUACGCAGAGUGCAGAUCAACUAUUGCAUGACUGCAUGAAUCCAUCCUGGCUCUUGGAGUCAUCUCAACAUUGCUGGUUGUCACCAACCUUAGAGGAUCGUCAGCGAAGCUCACCGGCUGCUGUAGAAGAAAGAUCGAGUCUUUCCAGUCCUUGGGAAGAAAGUGACAGCUGGACUGAGAGAGAGAAAAGCUUGUUAGAAAAAGGAAUUGAAUUAUUUGGUCGGAGUUGGACACGAGUUUCUCAGUUUGUUGGAACUAAAACUCCUCUUCAGUCCAAGUCUCAAGCGUCUCUUAUGGGAAUCAGCAGCACUUCGAGAAUAUCUGAGUCAUCUGAGCAUGAAGAAGAAGCCAUUCAAGCAGCUCCCCCGACAAUCUCUGAAGUUAAUGUGGAGCAAAAGCAAACGGCAAGCUUUAACUACACUGAAAUUUAUGAUGACAUGGCUAUCCCAGCCUCCAUAGAAGAAGUCAUCUCAGUUGUCACCACUGCUCAACCAACAGUAUUAGAUACAUCCGCAAGUCCGCCAAAAAAGAAAAAGCGUCUAUUAAUAAAUGAAACGCCAAAAGCUUCAGCGGCAAAGCAAAAAUUGACUCGAGAGAAAACGAGACCGCCUAAGUCAAUAGAUAGGUCUAAAAAGUUUGAGACUAUUAGUGCAGUGGAAGAGCUAGACCUACCAAAAUUGAAAUUGGACGAAGUCAGUCAAGAUGUUGACAGGGAAGUUGUGGAGGCACUUGAAACCUUUGAUGCUAGUUUUGAGGAAAACAAACAUACUGGACCUGUUAUAUUUGUAUCAGAGGGCGAGGAAUUGGUUAGGAUUCAAAAGGCGUCUGAUGAUUCUGACGAUAGUGAAAUUGAUAUUGAUGAUGGUGACAACACUUGUGACGUGAAAAAGCUGAUCUUGAAAGAAGAAAGUGAACCAGAAGCUGUUGUCAGCAAUAAAGUUUUACAACCUGAAGUUGAUUGCAAAGUGGAGGAAGUGGCAUUUGCAGAAUUAGAGGAGGAAAAAGUUGGAAAGGAAAAAAUUUUUACCUUCCCACUGCCAUUACAAGAAGUCUCCCUGGAUCCAGAAAUCGUCACUGAUCAAGAAAAAGAUGUUCACUUUGAGUUUUUCACCGGCAGACCGACGAAAACACCGUCACGAUACCUGAAGAUACGAAACCACAUAAUUGAUAUGUGGAAAGAGUGCAAGCCUAACUAUGUUAGUAAAACUCAGACUAGGAAUGGACUUAAAAAUUGUGGUGAUGUAAAUGCAAUUGGCAGAAUUCAUGCUUACCUGGAACAAAUAGGUGUCAUAAAUUUUGGCUGCGAGCAAGUCCUCUACAAGCCAAUUGUGAUACCUACAGGCACCAAAAAAUCUGUAAGUGUCUCCAAAAUUCGACUGGAGUCAAAACCCUUGAGUCUCAGGUCUGAUGGUGGUCGACCAAGGAAGAAGCGUACAGAGCAGCUGGAUUCUGAUGGUGAAGGAGGAUACACUAUUACCCACGAUGAACAUGGAAGUGCAAUAUUGACAAAAGUUUACAGAGAGCAAUCACCAAAAACCAGUAAAAGCAAGAAAUCAUCCCAAAACGAGCACCAUAGACUUGUUUAUUGUCAUAAAUUUUCGGAUAUACAUAAGGCUCCAUUUUCUGUAAUAUUGGAUAUUGGUGCGCUUUUGUUAAUGGACGUCCACUCGCACUCUAGCAAAUCUGAAGUUAUUGGGCUCCUAGGUGGAUGUUUUGAUGCAAGAACAAAGAAACUGCACAUUUCCAGGGCUGUUGCUUGCAAAAGUCAAAGUACCGGUGUGCAAUGUGAUAUGUGCCCAAUUUCACAAACAGAGGCAAGUGAAACUAUUCAGUAUGCAGGACUAGAGGUGGUCGGAUGGUACCACUCGCACCCUACAUUUUUGCCCAAUCCGUCGGUUCAAGAUAUGGAAACCCAAGUAAGGGUCCAGAAUUGGUUUGAGAAGACAGAAGCACCAUUCAUUGGCAUCAUUGUUGCACCUUAUUACAGUGCUAACAAAACCUUAGCCUCUAAUUACAAAUGUCUAAUCAUGCAGGAUGAAGGCGGAGAAACAAAACCAUACCAGUUUCCCGUCCAAGUUUCACCUAGUCAGAGUUACAGCGAAAGUCUCCUAGGUAGAAUUGAAGACGUGUUUUUACAAAUGGACCAUGAUCAAGGUAGUGCAAUUGUGCCAUUUGACGAGGAGGUGUUUCCCAAUUCUUCAGUUUCGUACCUUGAGAAAGUGGUAGAGAGUGCUCGCUUGCACAUUGACCGAUGCCAUCCAGCUCUAUCAAUAGAUCAGAGAUCAGCUCUCAUCUCGGGCAUUAUAGACUUGUGCGAACGCAACACAAAACCAAAAACGGAGCUCUUUUAGCUCCAUAUAACCUUCGAUAGCAAAGUAUUAAUUUAUUUAUCCAAUGAUAUUGACACUGUGAAUUGGUUAGAUUUGAUUUAUUUGUAAAAACUUUGAAAAUUGAUUAAUGGACUCCAGGAUUACUUGAUUUCAGCCUGAAAUGAUAAUACACAAAUAUUAAUGAAUAAGCCUGAAUUAUUUAUAAUUAUCCCUACCACAACAUCCAGUGCUUGCUUAAUGUCUGCGACCAGGUCCUCUGGAUUUUCGAGACCUACAGAGAGGCGAAUCAAAGUGUCGGAAAUUCCAAGCUCCUUUCUAGCCUCUGCAGGGACCGACGCAUGUGUCAUCACACACCUAGAAUUAAAUUUAUUUAACAAUGCAGCCUUCAUCAAGAACUCUACUUACGGAAGCUCAGCGAGACUCUCAAACCCUCCCAAGCUCUCUGCCAAAUAGAACAACUUCAGAGCCUUCAGGAAGGCUUCGGAAUGCUGAAGGCCACCCUUGAUGUAGAAUGAGAAAAUAGCGCUGUGUCCAUAGGAUUGCUUCUUUGCAAUAUCAUGCUGGGGGUGGCUUGGAAGACCCGGGUGCAAAACCUUUUCCACUAGAGGAUGAGCCUCAAGAGCCUGGGCCACAGCAAGUCCAUUUGUCAUGUGCUGGCGC